AUGGAGAGCAGGCAUCAGGCGUCCAUCGGCUUCGGCAACGAGGUGCGGGCCGCCACCAUGGGGCGCCACGGUGGGCCCCGCAUAUCCUCCUCCAUCCUCCGCCAGGUGGAGCACUCUGACCUGAUCCACUACGGCCUCAUCCCCGAGUUUGUGGGCCGCCUGCCCAUCAUAUCCGCCCUGGAGGAGCUGAACGAGGAUGAGCUGGUCCGGGUGCUGGUGGAGCCACGCAACGCGCUCGUCAAGCAGUACCAGCAGCUCUUCAAGCUGAGCGGCGCCCGCUUCGUCGUCACAGCCGCCGGCGUCCGCGCCGUCGCGCGCCGUGCGCUGUCGCGCGGCACGGGGACGCGCUCCCUACGAUCGAUCAUGGAGUCCCUCCUGCAGGAUGCCAUGUUUGAGGUCGCGGACGGCAGCAGCAGCGGCAGCAGCAGCAGCGACAGCAGCAGCAGUAGCGUUAGCGGGAGCGGCAGGCGACGCAGCAGCAGCAGCGGUGGUGGCGGUGGCGGUGUCAAGGGGGGUUGGAGGGCGACGGUGGUGUUGGACGAGGAGGGGGUGGUGAAGGGCACAGGGGCGCGGGUGAUCGCGGGGGAUGAUGAGGAGGAGUUGAGGGGCCUUGCGGGGGAGGGGGAGGUGGUGGAGUUGGUGGCUGCGGAGGUUCGAUGA